GUCGGUGGUCCGUCGCUGAAACAUUUCCGGUGUAAGGCAUCCUGGCUAAUCUUUUUCCUCGCAUUGCUGGAGAAAGCCCGAUCAGCUUUUUCGUGUCUGGUUGGAGUCGAUUAGUGCACGUUGAAGCUUUUCGGUCUAGUUUAGCGUAGCUUGCUAACAAAGAGAGAGACGCGUUGGUGAUCUACGCUUCGAGGUAAAGCGUAAGGAUAUACGGGGGUUUGUAUCAACAAUGGCACAAGGCAGAAAAUGUAGUUUGCUGAUUAAUAAUUUAAUGACUUAAUUCCCAGAAGGAAAAAAAAUGUUUCCAUGAAUCAAUUUUUGUCAGAAUUUUAAAAAAAGAUUUUCAGGGGGGCAUGCCCCGGACCUCCCGAGUGGUCGCAUUUGUAUUUUCAGGAAUUUUCGCAAAAGUCCACUUUCAUCUCUAAUUACUGCAGAAACCACAGGGUUGAAAUUGUGUGAAAAAAGUCGUGGCUUUUAGGCUGGAAAUUAGGGUAAAUGUCCUUGGCAGAGCUGAGGCAUUAUUUCAUUGUUCAGAUCGCCAAGUUUGACAUUAAAACUGAUCGGCUGAUCAGCGGAAAAUGCAAAUUAUUGGAGCGCAAAAUGCAAAUUAUUGGCAAAUUCUGGUCAUGUCGGUGCAGUUGGGGUAAAGUCUACUCAAAACAUGCAUGGUAGGUUACUUGAAGACCCUAAAUUGACCCCUCCGUACAGGGCACUUAACCAUGCCUCCUGAAGUCCCGUCACCCCACUGUUGCUAACCUCAGACAAACAUGAAACAAAAUGGCGUCGCAGGAAGAAAAGUCGAGAGCGAAAUUGUCCGAUUUACCAGCUGAUUUUUCACUCGCAUUCUUACCGAAUAGUGAAAUAUCGUUGAAGAGCAGGCAGCAGGGCUUCAAGUAUUUCAGCGAGGGGUAUUUCAAUGGUAUUUCCAUGCAUAUCGAUGGAGAAAGCAUUGAUAUUAGCGCGAGAUCUUUCCGGAGUCAGAGGAAGACCGAGAAGCCACAUAAUAUAACCCAAAGACGAAUUUGUCAUUGACAGUUUCCUAUUUUCCUGUGACCUAUCACACUUGUGUGCAGAAUCUGUAUGUCUAUCUGUAUAGCCGUUUGUGAACCGCCGCAUGAAGGAAAAGAAGGUGAGGCUUGAUUUACGAGUUGUUUCUCUCGUUUUCUUUGUGUAACAUCACGCGCUUCCCUCAAUAAUUAUUCUUGAAUUAGUGCCGAACCUACGUAAGUCCCAACCGAGUCCUUCCUUCAGUCUUGGUGUCUCUGUGCACGUCGAAGGCUUUUCGGACUCGCGAGUCCAGUUUAGCUUAGCUCGCUAGCCGCCAACAAAAAGACACGUUUGUGCAGUCAGGUCCUUGCAAAGUAUCGCUCAACACAGAUCAAGUGUGUCAAUCAUUCACACGUAGCUAUGUUAUGCAAGCGAAAAACUGCUAAUUCAUUUAUAUGAGACGUAUUGAAAAUCAAAAAUAGGGCUUACCUUCGUGCAAACAAAGUCCGGUUUAGCUUAGCUCGGGAGCGCCGAACAGAGACAUGUUUGUGCAGUCAGAUCAUCGCAAAGUAUCGCUCAACACAGAUCAAGUGUGUCAAUCAUUCACACGUAGCUAUGUUAUGUAAGCGAAGAACUGCUAAUUCAUUUAUAUGAGACAUGUAUUGAAAAUCAAAAAUAGGGCUUACCUUCGUGCAAACAUAUCUGUUCCGGUUGAUUUUAGAUAGAUUCAGUUGAUCAUGCGGUCUUCCACAAAGUUUGAUCCAUCGAAGGCAUUUUUCGUACUCGGUCUUCGGUUUUGGAAAGGGUACAAAUCGAACUUCACCAACUAGCCUAUCAGGAUACCUAUCGUCACUAUUGCAAAGGCCAUGACUGCACCUCUUAACCAUAUCUAUUGUUAAGGAUCCCUAAGACGUGAUAAAACGCAAACAAAAGCUCUACUGAACAAUGCGACUUUGUCUGAGGUUAUGGUGGACAACAACAAUGGGCGUGGUUUAGGCAAAUCUCUGGCCUCUGAUUGGUCAGCGACACGGCUUACGCAAUUUCUACGGAGGGGUCAAAUGCCCGUAGGUGUGAGUGUGAGUGGGUGUUGUUUGUUUAUAUGAUCCCUGCGAUUGGCUGGGAAGCAGUUCAAGGUGUAUCCUGCCUGAAGAGAGCUAGAAAAGGCUCCAGUACUCCCAUGACCCUUUUGAGGAUAAGCGAGUCAGAAAAUGGAUGUAUUGUUUUACUCAUCCAAAUCUAAAUCUUGGUAUAAUUAAGAUGUCCAAUUUUUACUCGGUUUUGUCAUCCCUCUUAUGUAGUGCAGAAAGUGUUGUGAUCGUCGUGUGAAAAUGUGUGCAAGAAUUACAGGAGAGUACAAGGAAGAAGUUCGUGGGGGUUGAGUCAGGAAGGGCAUCCGGUGUAAAAAUUGUGCCAAACAUAUAUGCGUUCAUCUGAGAUGAUAUGCUGUGGCGACCCCGAAAGGGACAAGCCGAAAGAAACAAGGAAGAAGUUCGUGGACCAAAAAAGGAGGAGGAGGCACAACGUCAACUACUUGACGCUGUGUUCAAUCUUCAGCCUCGAAAUGUCCUUCACAUAGCAGAUCUUCAUUGUAAGUGGCAGGAGCCUGUGUCACUUCACCUUAAAGAGGAAAUGGAGGACGAGGAGGUACACCAUAUUAAAGAGGAAGAGGAGCUGAUUUCGAUUAAAAAAGAAGAGGAAAAAGAGCGUCCCCACAUUAAACAGGAAGAGGACGAGGAUAUCAGCAAGUUUCCAUUGACUGGUGUCUCUUUAAAGAGUGAAGAUGGUCAAAGAGAGGAAAGUGGAGGGGCUGAGCCUCAAAGCAGCAGCUUAAGUCAACACAUGAGAACAGAAAGAGAUGGAGACCACAAUGGAGGAUCACACCCGGGUGGACUCUUAGUGGCACUAUCAGACCAUGAUGACAUGACAACAGACUCUCCUGACACUGAGGAUGAUGAUGAUGGACAACGUGAAGAAAUUGUAAUCUGUUUUCCAUGUGGGUGCUACCACAGAAGUGGAGUAGAUGAUUGCAGGUUUUCCAGUUUUCCACUGAAAAAGCAAAUUUUGUGGGCAAGACUUUGCAGACGAUCUGACAGACAAUCAACACAGCCCAAUGGUCGCCUAUGUUGUUUCCACUUCAAAGAUGGCUUGAUGGAAAAUGACCCAGUGUACUUUGUGCACAACCACAGAAAAUGGAUGGACUCCCCUGAUCCAGGAAAGAGGAGUCAGGAGCAAUCGGAGACAUUUGUCCAUGAGAUGGCAACAAAUAGUCAACAGCUGGGAGAUGAACCUGUCCAGAUAGCUGAUGAUGAUCCACAUGAAGAUCACACCUAUGCUGCAAAAGCUUGCUCCUCUAGAUGUAUAAGGUUGAUGACGAAACUAAAAGAAGAAGUUAAACUACUUCAAAAAAAUGUUGAGGACCUUCUGCUUGAGUGUGAAAAACGCAAACGUAUGUCUAUCUCCGACAUAAAGGACCAAAAAGAAAAGUGCAGAAAGUGUUGUGAUCGUCGUGUGAAAAUUUGUGCAAAAACAUCAGUAAAGUACAAGGAAGAAUUUCUUGGACCAAAAAAGGCAGAGGAGACACAAUAUCAUCUUUUGGACGCAGUGUUCAAUCUGCAGCCUCGAAUUGUCCUACGCAGAGCAGAUGUCAGUGAAUAUCUUAAUCCAGGCUGGCACCAGUCAGUGCCCAGUCACAUCAAAGAAGAAGGUGAAGAGGUUCAAUGCAUUAAAGAAGAGAAGGAAGAAAUCCUCCAUGUGAAAGAGGAAGAACAGGGGGAAAGCAUCCAGGUUCCAUCCAGUGGUGUCCAUUUGAAGAGUGAAGAUGGUCAAAGUAAGCAGAGACAAGGGACGGAGCAUCCAACCAGGAACACCUCAAGUGAUGGAGACCAUUGUGAAGGAUCACAAACAGAUAGUCAUGAUGAUGAUGAACAGUCAGAAGGUGAUAGGACAUGUCACGCUGCCAACAAAUGCUGGAAAUGUCCUCGGUGUAGGAAAACUUUGGCUUGUAUGAGGAAUUUCAAACAACAUGUAAAAAUACACACAGGUGAGAAGGCUUUUGCAUGCUCAGUUUGUGAUAAAAGAUUCACUCAGAAGGGACAAUUAAAAAUACACACAAGAACACACACUGGUGAGAAACCUUUUUUCUGCUUAAUUUGUGGUCAAAGAUUUACUCGGAAGGGAGAUUUAAAAAGACACACAAGAACCCACACUGGUGAGAAACCUUUUUCAUGUCCAGUUUGUGAUAAAAGAUUCACUGAGAACGGAGAUUUAAAAAGACACACAAGAACACACACUGGUGAGAAACCUUUUUCUUGUCCAGUUUGUAAUAAAAGAUUCACUGAGAAAGGUAAAUUAAAAAUACACACAAGGACACACACUGGUGAGAAACCUUUUUCCUGCUUAGUUUGUGGUCAAAGAUUCACUCGGAAGGGAGAUUUAAAAAGACACACAAGAAUCCACACUGGUGAGAAACCUUUUUCAUGUUCAGUUUGUGAUAAAAGAUUCACCGAGACAGGACAAUUAAAAAUACACACAAGGACACACACUGGUGAGAAACCUUUUUCCUGCUUAGUUUGUGGUCAAAGAUUCACUCAGAAGGGUGAUUUGAAAAGACACACAAGAACCCACACUGGUGAGAAACCCUUUUCAUGUGGAGUUUGUGAUAAAAGAUUCACCGAGAAUGGAAAAUUAAAAAUACAUACAAGAACACACACUAGUAAGAAACUUUUGCCUACUCCCUUGGGUCAAACAUUCUCUUCUAAGUACAACAAUCCCUCAUUUUUCGCAGUUAAUGGGGACCAGAACCCUCCAUGACAUUGUGUACGCAGACAUGUCCUGGUAGCUACAUUUACUGACUGUUUUUUCUUUCUAUUGAGGACUAUUAACCCCAAUCAUGGCUCCAAAGAAGUGAGACUAGAUAAAUUCUUUGGGAAAAGAAAAGAACUUCCAGGGGGCUUGUCACCCCCACCGAAGAGAUUUGAUGGUGAAUAGUUUUGCGUUGCUUUUUUCUUGUCCUUUAAUAAUGCUCUGUAUGAGCAUUUCUGCAUUUUUGUUUUGUUUCCAAGAUUUUGUUAACUUGAUUUACAAGUUAAUGUUUUUGUAUGUUACUUUUUGUAAAAAUAAAAACGAAUUUUGUUUGCUUUUUCCCCCCUCA